UCGUGUGAAGACAACAAAAGUGACUUCCCAUCCACAACCCUAAACCAACUCCUCUCUCCCUUCAUUUUCUUAUAUAUCUUAUCCAUCACUUCUCUCUCCCGUGCUUGAUGUUCAAGGCUUGUUGCACCAAAACAAUUAAUAUCAUUUCUAUAGCAAACACCCUCAUCAACCUCUCAAGCUAAUCACAAUCCUUACCUAUGGAGGAUUCUUCUUCAGCAGCUGAAGAUACCAAGAGUUGUCCCCGUGGUCACUGGCGACCCGUUGAAGACGAAAAGCUUCGACAACUUGUUGAACAAUAUGGUGCUCAAAAUUGGAAUUCAAUUGCUGAAAAACUCCAAGGAAGAUCAGGGAAAAGUUGUAGGUUGAGAUGGUUCAAUCAAUUAGACCCAAGAAUUAAUAGAAGACCUUUCACAGAAGAGGAAGAAGAGAGACUACUCGCAGCUCAUCGUAUUCAUGGAAACAAAUGGGCAUUAAUCGCGCGACUUUUCCCCGGAAGAACUGAUAAUGCUGUGAAGAAUCAUUGGCAUGUUGUUAUGGCUAGAAAACAAAGGGAACAAUCUAAGUUAUGUGGUAAAAGAAGUUUUCAAGACCUUUAUAACAACUCUUCUUCUUCUAGCAUACUUAAUUUCCCUUACAAGACGCGAAUCGGAUAUGAAAAUGGAAAAUUCUAUCAAUUUCAGAACAAUCUUGAUACUUCUUCUUCUAGUUCUCUUGCAUCUUGGAACUUUGCUUCUGUCUUAACAAAAAAUACUACUACUACUACUACUCUUUUUCCGGAUAAUUCUCUCGUGGAAAAAUUAUCCGAUUGUUCUAAAAGUUCAGAUAGAUCAUUUCUCUACAAAUUUUGUCAAAAUCCACCAUUCUCAUCAUCACUUCCAAAUUACAAGAGAAUUGUUCCAAAUGCUUUUGGUUUUUUUAAUCCUUCUGAUGAUGGAACGAUAAGAAAGGAUUUGAUGAGUAGUUUACGCGAUAAUUCAUCGACAUUAAUCCCAAACUUAAAAGCUUCCAAGGAGAAAGAGCAAGAUCAUGAAGUUGAAAUUGAGAAGCACAAAGAAGUUCCUUUCAUUGAUUUUCUUGGUGUUGGUGCUCUUCAUCAUAAUCUAUUUAAUUAAACUCUCAUGAAAUAUUUAAAUAUAUAUUUUAAUUAAUUACAUGUAAUUCAUAUCUCUAUAGUUUAGCUUAAUUUCUAGUUAGCACAAAUAGAAAAUUUAGUUCAUCUGCAUGAGGCCUUUCAUGAUGCUAGCUCAUUUUCUUAGGUUAAUUAAUUAGGAUUAUAGAGUGAAAAUUUUACUUUUUUUUUGUUUAAUUAUUAUUUUUCUUCUUGUAUAAUCUUUGAUGAAUAAAGCUUUAAGUGUGGAUCAAAUGAAGGGUAGUGUAAGGAACACAUUUGAUGUGCGCGUGUGGCAUGGAUCACUCUCUAUCUAUAAAUAUGUAUAGUUAAGGUAUAUUGAAAUAUUAAUAUUUUUGCAGACAUUCAUUGAAAUUUAUUUUGUUCUAU